AUGUGUUCAACCGGAGUAUUUGCUCUCUCUUCUCCGGCGAAAUUUCACCAUCGCCGGGAAAAAGCAGAGAUUUUUUCUCCGGCACACUUGCGUAAUCCAAAUGGGUAUCCAUUUCGGUGGAGAAAUUCUCGAGCUUUCGCUCCCAAACUCUCCCAAUCCGUCAAUUUUGUCUCUCCAUUUCCACAUCUCCCUCUUAUACGCUCUUCGACGUCGUCUCUUUCUUCCAAGGAUUUCGUUCAAGUUCUGGCGAGAAAAGCCGCGAUUUUACUUGUUGGGUCGUUCGUAUUUCUAGGUUUCUGCUCUUCGAGACCUGCUUUAGCGCUACCCACUGCAACUGUGAGCUCUCAAGCGGAGUUAGAAGACGAAGCAAUGUUCGAGAAGCUUCUGGAGAACGAGCCGGAGAAUAUGGAGGCGAUGAAGGCUGUUUUGUAUAAGAAGAUGAGGAGAGGGAAAACUGAAGACGCUGUGAAGUAUGUUGAGAAGCUGAUGAAAUUAGAGCCUCGUGAAGUCGAGUGGAAGCUUUUAGAAGCGCUUUGCUAUGAGACGAUGGGGCAAUUGAGCAAGUCUAAGCGAUUGUUUAAGGAUAUUCUCAGAGAAAACCCUCUCUUGAUCAGAGCUUUGCACGGUCUUGCUAUGGUAAUGCAUAAGACUCAUGACCCUUCUCUCUUUGAUAUGCUUAAGGAAGCCAUGGAAUUUGCUCGACAAGGAAACCGAGUAACCGAGGAGAGAAACAUACAAGUUUUGAUCGGCCAAAUGCAUAUUGUCAAGGGUCAAUUUGAAGAAGGACUAAAGAUAUUUCAACAGAUGGUAAAAGACAACCCUCGAGAUUUUCGACCUUACCUUUGCCAGGGGAUAGUGUAUAGCUUAAUGGAUAAAAAAGAGGAAGCAGCUCAACAGUUUGAGAUAUAUUGGAGUCUUGUACCUGAAGAAUUCCCACAAAAGGGAUUUCUGGACGAUGUUGCUUUGGCUGCUCAAGCCAAAUCCAGAGAACGACUCCAAAACACCUUCAAAGCUAAAUUUACUCAUGGCAAAUAA